AUGCGCGCAGCCACUUCCCUCCUCGUGGCUCUGCUCUGCCGAGUAAGCCUGGCUCUGGACGGCGGCAACUCUGGGCAAUACGUGGCGGCCAACUGCACCGAAAGCUCCCAAUCGCCUGCUUAUUGGAGGAUCGAUGACUUUGUUCUGAAGGUUAUCAACUGGGACAGCGGCGGAUCUGUGGGCUCGUUUGGCUUCAAAUCCUACUUCUCGGCCACAAACACGACGGUGGAAUGCGCGGUGCAAAACGUCGACCUGGCCAAGCUGGGGGAUGCGGGGCUGUGGUCGAAAUGCAACAACACGACUGGGACCGAGUUUCAGUUCUCCUUCGCCGAUAUAAGCCUAACUAUGAAGGAAACAUGGACAUGUUCAGGGUCUCCGGGAAUCAUCUUCAAUGCGAAUGCGACAGGGAGCAUCAUGAUGCACGGCUGCCUCAAUAGCAGCAUAGACAAAGGCGUCGAGUCAGAUUGCAUUCUGAUGGAGUUGGAAAUGGCGGCCAACGACACCUUGUCAGCGACGACAUAG